GAAAUAAUGUGUAGCUACACAAACUUUUCUGCACCAAGUUAUCUGUCGAAUAUGCCACUCAUAACUGCCAAAGCAGUCAAAGUUAAGAUAUCGACAUAAAUUAAACACAUCAUUAACAUAACCAACCCCUUAUUUCGCGAAAUAAUUUUAUUAUAAUAGAUAAUUUAAAACUGCCCAAGUUCACCCCACCACUGGUGGGGGUUAAAUGACGAAUGGGCGGAGCGUGAAUUAAAGCUACACAAUAUAAAUCUGUGCGUCUCUUUCGCACAAAUGAGCAAUCCUAAUAGCAGUAAGCGGCUUACAAUGGGUGUUGACACUCUCCCGUAUCGCCGUCUCUGUUUGCCCCGGGCUUAUGGCAAUAGAGCCGUUUCAAUGGCCCUUCAUAGUUAUAAAGGUAUAGACAAGCAUUGGAGGUCCACGUGAGAUUUUGUAAUCAGUGAAUUGGCGCCUUUCACAAGUAGAGGCGCAAUGUCCGCGCGUUUGACAGUUUGACGUCUCGUUUGGCGGGAAAUAUUAUUGUGUGUUGACAGACACGCGAAGGUGCAAAGGCAUUACGUGUAUUCUGCCAGCGUGAAGCCUUAAUGCUGUGAACUUUUUGAAAAUUCUUUAGUGAUGUUAGAAGCGGCCAGUUGAAGAUAGUUUCAGUUAUUGCUCGUGCAAUAACUUGGAUUAUUUGUAGGAAGUAAUUUAAGGUCGUCACCAUAGAAGAGUACGGGGUAUACACGAUGCUGCCGGCGCAGCAGCUUCCAGCCAUCAGCCCCUGGCCUCCCGACGGCAACCUGCUGGACCGCAUGGACGACCUGGCGCACAAAGGUAAAGGUCACAGCGGUGUUAACCAGCUCGGCGGGGUGUUUGUAGGAGGGAGGCCGCUGCCAGACUCCACGCGGCAGAAGAUCGUGGAGCUGGCGCACUCGGGGGCGCGGCCCUGCGACAUCAGCCGCAUCCUCCAGGUCUCCAACGGCUGCGUCUCCAAGAUCCUCGGCAGGUACUACGAGACGGGGUCUAUUAGACCCCGAGCGAUCGGGGGCUCAAAGCCUCGCGUGGCCACCGCCGAGGUGGUCAGCAAGAUAGCCCAGUACAAGCGGGAGUGUCCCUCCAUCUUCGCGUGGGAGAUCAGAGACCGCCUGCUCAGUGAAGGAGUCUGCACGUCUGAUAAUAUACCUAGUGUAUCCUCCAUCAACCGGGUGCUCCGCAACCUAGCAGCCCAAAAGGAGAAAGCGAACAACCAGCAACCAUCUCCCGACUGCUCAACACCUGUGUACGAGCGGCUCCGACUCCUGGGGGCUCCAGGCGCCACCCCGGCGUGGCCGAGAGCCCCCUGGCCCGCGCAGAUCGACGCUAGGACUCCGCCCUACCAGCUACAUAGUCUGAGCCCAGGACCUCAGGCUAUCAGCUGCAACGGAGGAGACAUGACGGCGAUGAAAAAAAACGAGGAGCCACUAGAAGGCCUGGAAGGACUGCACUCAGACGAGACGGGCUCCGGAGACAACUCAAACGCCGGCUCCAGCGGGGCUGAUGAUGACGCGGCGCGGCUCCGGCUCAAGCGCAAGCUGCAGAGGAACCGCACCAGCUUCACUAAUGAGCAGAUUGAUAGCUUGGAGAGAGAAUUUGAAAGAACUCACUAUCCAGACGUUUUCGCUCGCGAGAGACUUGCCGCCAAAAUAGGGCUGCCCGAAGCUAGAAUACAGGUGUGGUUCUCGAAUCGGCGCGCGAAGUGGCGGCGCGAGGAGAAGAUCAGGUCGCAGCGACGCAGCCCCGAGUGCGGGUACAGUGCGGGGCCCCAUGCUCCCGCGCAUCCCGCCCCGCCCACGCAUCCCGCGCAUCCCACGCAUCCCGCGCAUCCUGCUCACCAGCCGUACCAGCCGCCGCUCAAUGUUGAUACUUACAGCCCGCUAACCCCCAUGGGUUACGGCGGCGGCAUGGUACCGGAGACGCCCGUAUGCGACACGACUGAGGCCGAGCUGUGCAAGAGCGGCUUCCUCGGGUACCCGCGCUACGAGCUGGGGUACCGGCAGCCCCCGCAUCCUUACGUCAACCAUCACGGGUACCAGCAUGAGCCCGCGUCGCCGCCACCAGAGCUAGGAGGUCUCCUAGGCACAGGAGUGUCAGUGCCCCUCGCAGUGCCGGGACAAGACACGCAGCAAUACUGGUCGCGGCUCCAGUGACCCUGGUGGAACUAGCCGAGCACACAACUGUACUCACAUGCUACUGCUAUCUGAUGGGAGGGGCGGCCAUUUUGGGAAUUGAGGUUUUAGUAGCCAGAACUUUUUCAGCCUAGAAGGAUGUUUAUUGUUAAACCUGACGAUCCCUGUGGAAUGUGGCCUAUAAAUUAAAGGUCCAGCCAGGGGCGAAAGCGAAGUGGCAAAUAUUUUAAACAACCAAUAGAGUUUCUUCGCUCAGGGAUACUACAAAAUAGACGAAGAUAUUGUGUCUGAAUUAAAGGGGAAGGGACUAGUAUCUCACGACUUUCUUAAGACGUUCUUCAUAUUGGUUAAAUAAAAGAGAAUGAGAGAGAGAAAGAGUCGUGGUGGCCUAGUGGGUAAAGCACCAACCUCUCGAGUAUGAGGGUGUGGGUUCGAUUCCAGGUCAGGCAAGUACCAAUGCAACUUUUCUAAGUUUGUAUGUACUUUCUAAGUAAUCUUAGACACCAAUGGCUGAUAAAAAGGUGAAGGAAAACAUCUUGAGGAAACCUGGACUAUAAAGUCUGAAAUCACCAACCCGCAUUGAGCAAGCGUGGUGAUUAAAGCUCAAUCCUUCUCCGUGUGAGAGGAGGCUUGUGCCCAGCAGUGGGACGAUAAAAA